AUGGCUCCAGGUUGGGUAGAAACUGACAGGGCUGCAGUUGACACAGGAGUGAAGUUCAACAUGACUCCCGGCCCAGGUGUUGCUAACAAACAACCUUUUCCGAAUCUCUCUACGUUGGACUUGUCUGACACUCACUUGGACAUGGAUGUCAAGGACUUUCUUCUGCCCUUGUCACACAAUCAAGCUCUGUCAGUGAUCAAGGCCACCAACUGCAAUUUGUCGGGCGCAUUGCCAGGGACGAUGACCUUCAACAAUUUCCCGUUGUAUUGGACGAUCAUAGUGCUGCGCUUGUCUCACAAUCAAAUCACCGCCCUGACCGGAGAUCCGCGGGAGUUCUACUUGGACGUGAGUAGCAAUCCGAUUGUGGAUAUCGACAGCCGGUACUUUAGCCUGUGGUGCUUUCACUGGCCCUGCGAGGCCCUGCGACUCUGGAAGUGGCUAAACGGACCAACACAGAUCAACCCCUUGAAAAUAUUCAUUGGUAGGACAUGGUAG